UUCUGUUGGGUUGAAAGAUUUUCGAAUUAUCUCAUCGUCCUCGUUUUUUUAAACACGGUUAAUUGUUAGUACUGUCAGACAUACUAGACUUAGAGUAAAAUAAUCUUUGUAAUUUUAAAUGAAGUGGUAUUUUAAAAUGUAUUUUGGAUAACCGUCAGCCAGGCAUCUUCGGAUAACCUAAAAACUUGUCACGCUGUAAUGCAUGAGUCUUAUUCCCUUAAAAGAGUAUUUUGAACGUUAAAAUAUUUUAUCUCAGUGACAAAAAAUGCAGUGUACUGUCUGUGGCGGUUUGGAUUUCUAUAACGAGGAUGGCUAUUUCUUUUGUCAGGAAUGUCAAACUCAGAAUCAGGAAGUACGGGAGGAAGUUUUGGAAGUACGAGUAGAUGCAUCGACCCGGUUGAGAAAAACAAAGAUUCGUAGAGAAAAGUCUGGCAAUUCUGAUGGACAAGAAUUGGGAUGGACUUCGUGGGAGUAUUAUAACUUUAUUUUGAUUGGCUUGGCGAACGAGCUCGUUGAACUUGGAGUAACGUCUCAUGUGAAACUGACGAUUCUGCAAUUGUGGGCGGCAUAUUUGGGAAAAAUGGAAGUUGCGUUUACUUCGACCAAAAAGAAGUUCAUACCAAAAUUAUCCAGGAGGUUUCACAAAAGAGAUGCGGGUAUCAUUUAUGGGAAAGUACAGCAGCAAAAGAAAAAACGUAAGCGUAAAAGGGAGAACAGUAUCAGUAAUGCUUCUUCUGUAGUUUCUGGGCAAUUUAGCGAAACCAGUUCUACCAGAGAAAUUAACAGGAAUAAAAGACUGAUGGUGACUGCGGAAUAUGAGAGAUUUAUGUCGUCUCAAGGUAGUUCCGAAGGAGGUGCAAGUAGUGUAUUGAAUCAGAGUAUCAACAGUUUACAGUCUAGUCAAAGUAAACCUCACAUCCAUUCAGAAUAUGCUGAAAAAAUACGGUUUAAUGCAAACGCUAAGGAGGAAGCCAGGAAAAUAAAAAAUGUAUCAGUGAAAGUGCCAAAAAGUAAAAGGUUUCUGUAUCAGCGGAAACAUGUAACGACUCAGUACAAGAUCAGCCCUCAGGUGAUUACGCCCAUGAAGCUAUGGGCAAUUAUUUAUUUAGCACUAAGAAUCCACAAAGAGAACGUCCACUUAGCCGAUAUGUUACGGUACGGAAGAGAAGGACAUUUGUCAUAUUACAAACUGGAUCACUUGCUUCCCCCUGAGAUCUCUAUAGCAAAAGGUGAUAUGACUAUUUUAAGUCAGGUAAAUGACAUAACCCAUAAAGGUAUGAGACAGUUGAGUGCGAGCAUGGCAAAGUUCCUCAAUAUUUACGAGUUAUUUUGCCCAGACUUCUUGCCUCUGAUUACGCAGUACUGCCAAGAACUGCGACUACCAAGAGGCGUAUUAUUAUAUGCGGAGAGAUUAAUUGCAUUGUCACCACCAGUUAUGUCAUUCAACGUUCAAAAACCUUACAUCCCCAAUUACGAAGGCAGAGCUAUGGCUUUUAUAAUUGUCAUUCUGAAAGUUCUCUUUGCUCUGGAUGGAAUUACCGAGUACCAGAUCAGCAGACUUGCAGAAAAGAUAAACAGUCGAGCAAGGAGCAGAGGACUCUCCGAUCCCCAGCUCUUCAGCUUCAGGGAGUGGCAGAGAUACAUUGAGUGUCGACGUAGCAUCCUGGUGAAUUCACAAUUCUCGAUGAAGCUGAAGUACGAGCCAGACCUACCUGGGACCAGCCACCUGUACCUUCAAUUUCUAAAAUCGAUUCACUCCAAAAGAUCGGGCAACGAGCCGCCGGUCACCGAUUACAAGCACUUCCUGUCCCAGGAGUUGAAAAUAGCGAUGAAGAACUGCGUUGGGAAAUUGAACGCGACCUUCGCCUCGCAGCCGAACGUCAACGUUUUCGCUCCUUCUUUGACACCACAGUAUGCUUACCUGGAGCAAUUAUUAAGUCAACCCUUUCAAGACUUUCCAGCAAUUUUGCAAACCGACUUCUACAAGAUGAAGGUCGGCUACAUAACGAAGCCAGAUUUGUUGAAGGAGUUAGCCACACAGUGUGGGAUAAACCUCAAAGUCGUGUACUCGGGGAUGAACUUCCUGGAGAAGGUAGUUCCAGAGUUCGAGCCGACGAAGAUGCCGAGUGUGAAGGAACUAAAUGAACAUGUCGUAGUGGAGGAACUGGAAGUCACAAAAAAUGAAUUCGACUCAAAGAGCGAGGACCUGAACGAGUACCUGCACAGAGACCACCUGGGCAGAAUUAAGAUAGAUCCUGACAAAAAAGACGCCUACGACAGGGUGAGGUCCAUCAGAAACGAAAACGACUCCACAGCCGAAUGUUCAGAGGAUUUUUUAUUUGACGAGGUUUCUCGUGAUGGGAAAUUGCUGAUCCCCGCAGAGGGUGAAGAAGAGCUCGAAGAACGAGGAGAAGAGAACGGGUGCGAGGUUCGGCCCAACCAGGAAGGGGAAGACAUUUUGAGCGAGGAAUCUCGGAAGAGGUACAACCUGGAGCUCUCUAGUUACGAAGAAAUGGCAAUCUUGCAACCUGAGACUGUUAUCGGGUCUCGUAGGUCCACGUCGAAGAUCAAACUCUACCGCAAUGCGAAAGGACGGUUCGUCAGGGCGUCGAAAUUUAAGGAAGUGGGGAAAGGACUUGAAGAAGAGGGAAGUUGUAGAGAAAAUGGUGACGCCAGAAAGUCGAGGAAAAUGGUCCAGAAGAGGCUGGAGAAUGGAAAUUGUCGGGAACGUAAAAAUCGCGGAGGAACGACGCAAAUUCAGAGGGAAAACGGGGUUACAGUCGACCCUGAAGAAGCGGAAAUUUUGAGCGAUGCCGUAACGCCUUCCUGCGACGACGUUGAUGUCAUCUCUCGGGAUUCCGAUGGCUGUUUGGAUUCGGAAAUUAACGAGGCGUCGAUAAUUCGGGAAAUCGACGAGAGCUGCGAAAUGGACGAGCCCGAGGUUUUCUUCCGACCUUCUGGGGAUUAUUGGAUGUACCAUUGUGUCUUCAGUCGGGUCAAGACGAAGAAUUUCGAGCUGUUCGAGAGAGAUCUACCGGUCAGUUUUCGAUGGCUGUUGAACGAAUGCGCGAAUGUCGUCGAAAUGACUGCCGAAGACCUUUACGAGGAGGUUUGCACCGUGGAGUCGUACCACACUCGUUAUUUAAACUCGAAUAGGGAAAAUAGCGAGUACAGAGCAAAGAACUUCAAGCCGAAGGCUUAUCGCAGCAACAUGCAGAGCAAGUGGUAGACUCCGAUGAACUAGGAUAAAUAUGGACUGCGCAGGGAAAAGAAGUGUCUUAGAUAACUUUAUUAUACUGUACAGAGAGGAAGAAACACGCUUAUUUUGUAAGUAUCCAGCCUCGAGGCGUUCUGGGUGUUUGGUAGAAAAUUCUUUUAGUUUUGAAAUUCCUCGAGAAUUUAAUGACGAGUUAUAUUCGCGGUUAUUUUGCCCGGGUAAUAAAUGCACUAAACAUUCUAUCCCACUGUUCGUCGGUUGGAAAAUUAAUUUUCAAGAUGGCGGCGAUACCGGCAGGUAGACGCGCACGCGGUUCUGUACUGGGUUCCGCCGCUAGAUGGCGGGGCGCGCGGCUCGGCGUCGCAACUGUUGCACUCGGGGGCGCGCGCACGAGUCGGCGUCGGGUUCGCCGUCUCCGCUGCGCUCAGUAGUAAACACCAGCCGGGGUUGGACGGAGGCCGGUCCUCUGAACGCACAGUCGGCGAACUCGGCGUACCGGAGUGCGUCUCGGGCGUGUGUGUCGUGCCAGUGAGUGAAGUGCGCGCUCCGUGUGAGGUUCCGUCGUAGGAUACGCGCAUUAGUAGAUUCGGCCGGCCCGUCCCCUGUCGUCGAUCCCGAGGGUCGAGGAGUGCCGCUCGUUCGCAGGAGCACGCGGACCUGCCACGGCCCUGCAGUACUUCAGGAGAGCCCGGUAAGCGCACCCCCAUUGCGACACCUGCGCGAGUCCGGCAACCCUGGGCACCACGCGCGCGACCCCCGGCCCCGACCUGGCGCGUACACCUGCCGCCGGUCGACCUCCCUGCUGCUCUCCGCAACCUUGGCCCUCGCCGACGUUCCCUCCCUCCUAAUUAAUCCAUUCGCGUACGCGACAUCCCUUGCAUCUACGCAUUCUCUUUACGCCAUCCCCCUCGCUCGUCCUUUAAUCGAGAGGGUGGGACGACUAUUUUUCUUCCCCCUUUUCCCCUUUCAAUCGGGAAAAUCAAUUUACGAAAACUCGAUAUAGGGGUUAGCUUGCGGGGUGACUCCGACGUGUCUUCGGGCUUGCAGUCGGUCGCCGAGCCCUGCAAUUUCAGGGUUAAGUGCGUAUAAUGCGUCAUGUAAUUUACAAGAAUACGCCCUUCUAGUUAUAAAUAGAAAAUAAUAAACCCAAUUACGACGAUGAAAGCUAUAUAAAUUUGAUAUUGAAUAGGGUUAAGUCCACAGAAUUUUCAACGCGGGGGUCAAUUAGUCCUUAGAAAUUUUUGCGUGUUUACAUGUAUGCUAAAAGACGUUUAUAAGUUAGCGGAUGCCGAAUAUCCUACAUCUGCGGCAUCCUUCACCUUGGAAAUGUAAUUUAUUGGUUUUCUACGGCUGCGCUGCGGUAAACUACUUGGUUUAUGAAUUAUACGUCAAAAACCUCGGUAAACGCGAAAUUAGCCAACCCCGUCUUCAACGGAACGGCGUUAACGGUAACCUGACGGCGUAUCUGACCCAACCUGCGGCGCAACACCUGCCCUGUCAACCUGCGGGUCUCCGGCAACCUUGUCGCCGCUUCCCCCGAGUCUGCGGCGACCUAACCUGACCUAACCUCUACAACCCUUCGAGCGGUCGGGUAAUUUCGCAUUUUUUUUCGAGGCUUUUGACGUAUAUCGAGCUUUCAGCUUGAGUCAAGUAAUUAUGCUUUAAAUAUUUCCUUGACACCGUUUAUAUAGGAAAUAGUUUUUAUAAGAUAAUUAUUAUAAGAUGCA